GGGAAAGGGGAGGGGGCGCUGAGUCCGCCCCAUCCCCGCCCCGUCUCCGCCUUCCCGGCGGAGCAGCCCCGGCGCGCCCCUUAAAGCCGUUCCCGCCGCCCGCGCGGGCAGAGUCCGCAGGGCUGCCGCCAGGAGACGCCGGGACGCGGUGUCCGCGAUGCUGGAGAACGGCUCCCUGAGGAACUGCUGCGACCCGGGCGGGCGCGGCCGCCUCGGUCUGGCGGAGAGGGAGGCGGCGGCGGCGGGCGCCCCGCGGCCCGCCUGGGUGGUGCCGGUGCUGUCCAGCGUGCUGAUCUUCACCACCGUCGUGGACAUCCUGGGCAACCUGCUGGUGAUCCUCUCCGUCUUCAAGAACCGCAAGCUCCGGAACUCAGGUAAUGCAUUUGUGGUGAGCCUAGCUUUGGCUGAUCUGGUGGUGGCCUUGUAUCCAUAUCCACUGGUGCUCUUAGCUAUUUUCCACAAUGGAUGGACGCUGGGUGAAAUGCACUGUAAAGCGAGUGGCUUUGUGAUGGGACUGAGUGUAAUAGGCUCUAUUUUCAACAUCACUGCAAUUGCAAUAAACCGAUAUUGCUAUAUAUGUCAUAGUUUUGCCUAUGACAAAGUGUACAGCUGUUGGAACACGAUGCUGUAUGUGUCCUUAGUCUGGAUAUUAACAGUAAUUGCAACUGUGCCAAAUUUUUUUGUUGGCUCUUUAAAGUAUGAUCCACGCAUCUAUUCAUGCACGUUUGUCCAGACUGCAAGCUCCUACUAUACAAUAGCUGUUGUGGUAAUUCACUUCAUUGUCCCUAUCACCAUUGUGAGCUUCUGCUACCUUCGAAUUUGGGUUUUAGUGCUUCAAGUCAGAAGACGAGUCAAGUCAGAAACAAAGCCAAGAUUGAAGCCAAGUGAUUUCAGAAACUUUCUUACCAUGUUUGUGGUUUUUGUGAUUUUUGCCUUUUGCUGGGCACCACUUAACUUCAUUGGACUGGCUGUAGCCAUUGAUCCUACAGAAAUGGCACCAAAAGUUCCUGAAUGGUUAUUCAUUAUAAGCUACUUAAUGGCCUAUUUCAACAGCUGCCUUAAUGCAAUUAUAUACGGACUUCUUAACCAGAAUUUUCGGAAUGAAUACAAACGAAUUUUAAUGUCACUGUGGAUGCCAAGGCUUUUCUUCCAGGACACAUCCAAAGGAGGGACAGAUGGCCAGAAGAGCAAGCCUUCUCCUGCUCUAAACAACAAUAACCAAAUGAAAACUGAUACCUUGUAACUAUGUCAUAGUCAAUGCAAGAGUUUGAUAUGGAGAAAACCAAGAAUAUAGUUGCAAUGUUCUGGUCAUUCCUGCUUACUUUUGGGGGGGAUUCCCUCUGGAUAACACUUUGUGACUGGAAUACUGUCUUCUUGGCAAAGCACAUAGCUCUCGAUUUGUGUUUUAUAGAAGAUAUCAAUUGAAAAUGUGUUUCAGAACUAAAGCAGCAGGUGGGUGCAAGCUGUUUUAGUUCUCAGAACUGAAUCCUGCUUCCAGACACAUAAAUGAGGUAUUUUUUACUUCAGUGGGAGUUUUGCAUUCUUUAUAGAGUAUCAGGAUUCAUUUCUUGAAGGUUUAAUGAAGGUACUUGUCUAGGGGUACAGCAGCUCAUCAAGGAUGUGGAGUGCUAUUUUCCUCCCUUCUGACUCUGCAUUUCUGUGCAUGUACUGAUGACAAUAGUAGUAUCUUUGAAACAAACCUGUAAGUUGAAGAGAAUAAUAUUUGUGUAAAAGCAAAUAUUAACAUUAGAGACUUCCCUCAUGGGUUUUUCAUGUUUACAUACAUUGAGAUUGGGAAUGCAGUGCAUUUACUCUGCUCAUCUUUUGUGGUCAAUUUUAUGGUAGAUAAUACAAUACAAAUGGUUGAUUUCUUGCAGAUUUACUUCACACAAUAUUCAUCUUUUAGAAAGGAUUGAAUUUUCAUUGAACUUCAUUUAUUUACCUAAAUAUAUACACCCAAUUUUCUGUGGCACUUUAGCACACCUCACACAUUUGCAAUAGGCUGGAAAAUAUGACAUAUGACCUGUGAUCAUCUGGACUGGCAACCAGCCACUACAUAAGACAUCCUAGAUCAUCUCAAGAGAUGCUAGACCAAAAGCAGCAGUCCUUUUGGCUAUAAUGGUAGCUGAGAUACUUGGUUCACAUGUCUACAUCUAAUCUUGAACAAAACCCUCUGUUGGUGUCUAAUCUAAGACAACCUUGAAGGUUCCCGAUACUGGAGAUAUGUUUCCUUCCAUCUGUGAUGAUAAACACACAUCCAAGGAUGGGAUGAACUCCUUUGUGAAGGUGCUGGUCUCCUUUCACUGACUUUAGAAGGAGCUUUGAUUACUAGUUCAAACACCUCAUUUUGGAUAGCUAGACAGGGAUUUAUUUUGCCUAAUUUGGGGUGACUUCAGUGUAGAUGUUUGCCCAGAUCCAUUAUCUAAAUUCCCACUAUAGUCCAUAGAGUUCUAGGAAAUUAUUCACUUUAUCUUGAAACAGACAUCUUUAUUGGUAAGGGGAGCUGAUCAAUGGAACUCAUUGAGUGUACCUUCAUUGACUGUAACAGAGAUCAGGCAGCUCACGUAGACACAUUUCAGGCAAAGACAGGUGAUCUUAAUCUCAUAAAUAGUGUACCUACAGUUCAUAUUUGCACAGUUCAUAAAAUAAAAGGAUGACUUUCCAUUUUAUUUUCAAACUCAGCUUGAAUUCAAACUGGAUUUUUUCUUUUUCAGGUAACACAUUGUAACUGUGCAGAUCAGAUUACAAUCUGGGUUAUACUCCACAGCAUCAGAGUAAUUUACACAAUGUGGCUGUAUUAUCUCUGAAUCAGAUUAGGGAUCUGUGUGCAAACAGACAGUCAAUGUGAAGUUAUUUUAUCAUUAGACUUGAAAUGCACAUUAUUCUUAGUAGUGUUGUUCAGGGGAGAGAAGCUAGGUCUCUGGUAAAUCCAUGUCAGGUACUGAAAUGGUAAAAUGAGGAAUUCAGGUUUCUAAGACAUUCCAGUUUGGGUUUCCUGACCUGGCUAUUAUAAAAAAAUAUUUCUGUAGUAAUAUUUACUUGCACAGCAAAUAUACUGCUUCUGAACCAUAGAAGAUGUAUUAAGCAUCACCCUUAUGCUGCUCUACUGAUAGAAAAAUAUCAAAUAACCACAGCAUUUUAAAUGUUUUAUUUGCUUUCCAAAAGCCUAUGUAAAGUACAGCAAAGGAACAAAUGUGAUUAUUCUUUUAGCUGCUGUCAUGUUCUUCUGAUAGCCAGAAGUCCAGUACAUUAGGACUCGGACAGUAGUAGCCUCAUAAGAAGCUGACACAUUUGUGAAUAGGAGUAAUAAAGAGAUGGGACAAAUAUAACCUGGUGGUACAUAAUAAAAAUAUUGUGGCUAAAAGUAGCAAUCAUUAAUAUGUAGGUUCUACCUGAAACAUAAUUUUGUAAGUCUGACACAGUUUUGAUAUGUAUUGUCUUUCUUCAUGACUUCCACACCAAGGUACUGAACAAAAAACUAAUAUACAUGCAUGUCUACAUGGGAAAUUUCCCCCAGAGUAAAUAAGGAGUUUCAAGAGUCUGGGAAAGUUGUAGGAAAGGACCUUAAGUUUGAUUCUCUGACAAUCCUGCUUUUGCUGACUUCUUUGAGUACUCAAUAUUUUGACUUGAAAGUCAAAAAUUGUUGACUGACUUAGAGAUGAAUUAAUGUUAGAAGUAAAUUGAUUGACCUUGGUUUAUCACUCGCUGGCAUGAGUCAGAACAGAGCCCAGAACAGAGUCCAAAAAUUAUUGGUUUAGCUCCAUAAAAUAAAUAUAAAUGUGGCAACCACUUGUUUGGCCGUAAAAGUGAGCUGCUAUCAUUCUCCCUACUCACGAGGAGAAGGCUUGAAAUUUUUAUGAAGUCAUUUUGUAAAUUAUCUGUGCUCUUUAAAAAUUAAAGAUCACUUUAAGAAUCCUUGUACUGGUAUCUCCUCAAUGAUCCUAAAUGAAGCUUACACACAUAACUGAAUAGAAUCAAGAAUAAUAGAAUGGUUUGGGUUGGAAAGAGAUGCUAAAAUCAUCUAAUUCCAACCCUCCUGACAUAGGCAGGGACACCUUCCACUAGACCAGGUUGCUCAGAGCCCCAUCCAGCCUGGCUUUGGACACUUCCAGGGAUGGGGCAUCCAUAACUUCUCUGGGCAACCUGUUCCAGUGCCUCACCACCCUCACAGUUAAGAAUUUCUUUCUAAUAUCUAAUCUAAACCCACUCUCUUUCUGUUUAAAGCCAUUACCCCUUGUCUUGUCAUUACAUGCCCCUGUGAAGUCUGUCUGCAUCUUUCUUAUAAGCUCCCUUAAGGUACAGGAAGGUGCUCCCUGGAGCCUUCUUUUCUCCAGGCUGAACCACCCCAGCUCUCUCAGCCUGUCCUUGUACCAAAGGAGCUCCAGCACCCUGAUCAUUUUUGCAGCCCCCUCUGGACUUGCUCCAACAGGUCCAUUUCUUUCUUUUGCUGGGAGCCCCCGACCUGAAUACAGUACUGGAACACAGUAAUGCACUGUUGAAAGAAAGAAGUGUUCCAAAAUCUGAUCCCUCCUCACAAAUGAUAGAAAAUUUUCUGAACAGUCCUAAAUUAUUAGGAGUGGAUUCUACUACCACAGCAUUUCCUGAAUGGAACCCUGCACUGCAUGGUGUCUGCAAAGCCAAUGGACCUAUUAAUUUGCCAGGUACUGCUACUUGUUAAGUCCUGAUGUAUGGACAAUAACUCAUGCUGGUUAAAAUAAGUUUUAUACCAUGCAUUGCCACAAAGCAUUCCAUUUGAGUUUACCUGGAAGUCAAUCAAAUCCAUAAAAUUUAAAUUUUCAUGGAAAUCAAUCAAAUGCACAAAAAUUAUAUUAAUUUAGAUGACUAAAUGCAGCUCUUGCAUGGUGAAAACUCUUCAUGUAGUAACAUAUACUUCUACCUGCAUCAGGAGCCUUAAAUUAAUUUUCUCCCUUUUUCACUUUAAACUCAAAAUCCAUUUUCGCUCAAUUCAUGUGUGAAGAAAGAAAUUAUAAAUGUACCAUCAAGACAGGUGAUAUGGUCAUAGUGUGAUUUUAAAGUAUUGUCAGGAAGAACGUAUCAGCUCUGAACAGAUUUAUGCAUCUUUGAAAAAAAUAUUAUUUUUCUUGAAUAAAAGUAUUUGCACCAGCAUAUCACGCAUAAACACUUUAAGAAAAAGGAGGAAAAAAAGUCAGGUAGAUGCUGCGUUCUGCAUAAGGUAACUAGUGAAGGAAAAGCUAGGACCUCAGGGACAAAGUCUGUUUCCAGAAAAUUAAUGUUAUCUUGAUUUAAAAGUGCUGUAUUUUCUGUUCAUUUAAAGAAAUAAAUGUCUCCUCGAAUUGUUCUUACAAUAGAAUUCUGAUUAGAAAAAAGCUUACCCUUGCAUAGAUGGGUGAAGACCACUUGUAAAUUCUGUUUCAGUAAAGUAGGAAGUGGAGGUGUGGUAAAGUCUAAAUGAGACUGAAACAAUGCAUUAUCCUUCUCCUGUUGCUCUGUGCAAGUGAAAUUUCACUCUCAAGGAAGAACAGUCCUGUUACUGUUGACUUUCAUGAGAUCAGCUUUUCUUACUAAAUUAUUGCCUGCCUGGUUCAUUCUCAGGGGCAGAAAUGCACUUCUGUCUCUCCACUUCUUCCUUUAAGAACAUAUUUAGAUAAAAAUUAUUGCUUUUAUUUCCCAAUUGUAUUUUAAUGAACUGCACAAGUCUGGGAAUGUGCCAAUGAAUAAAUAUAUAUGGAAGAUUGUAUAUAUUUCUUAAUAUGUAUAUAACAUAAUUUUGAUCAUCUGAACAAUUUGAUGCACUUGAAGAUGUUUACAGAUUUAAUGGAAAAUGUGGAAGACAAUUUAUUUUCAGUCAUCUGAAUAUGUUGCUAUUUUAACUGGAUCUUGCACACUUGGUCUAUGACAAUAAAUGAGUAUUUUACCUCAA